CUUCCAGUUCAUUGGGAAGGCUAUAAGGAAGUGUGACGGGAAAACACCCAAUGUCCUGCUCUGGCCUCUGCAUGCGUGGGCACACGUGUCCACACAUAAAUGCAUCAACUGUAGGGGAGCAACAGGCUUGCAAGUGACCAGUUAUUUGAUAGAGGGUUGUGCUAAGUGGGAAUGGCAGUGGGCACAGAGAUGUGAAUGCAUUGUUUUUAUAUGUAUGGUGUAUGGGCAAUUGUGAGUAUAAGAACAUGCACCUGUAUUCAUAUGGAAGCUAAAGGAGGACAUCAGAUGUCUUCCAUCACUCUUUGCUUUGUUCCUUUGGGUCAGGGUCUUACUGAACAUGAAGUUGGCAUUUCUGGAGUAGGUGAGAAAGUCAGCAAACUCCAGUGAUGCUCUUGUGUCCACCUUACUCAGGGUUGGGGCUGCACCUGGCUUUUUUGUAGAUGCUGGGACUGAACCCAGUCUUUGUGUUUGAACAGCAAGAUCUCUUAACUGCUGAGUGAUCUCUCUCUAGACCCUUCAAGGGCUUUAUGAAUGAAAAAUAGGUUAAAGAGACAGGAUUUGAUGAUACCACACAUUGGAUGUAGGCACCAAGGCUGACAGUGCUGGUAUGAUAUUUGAUGUCUAUGUUCAGGACAACAUGGAAGUCUUAGAGUAGGAAAUAGUUCUGUUUGGGAUAUGAAUUUGAGGUGUAGAGAGAAGAUAUGUUCCUGUAAUAUUGAGUAAGCAAAUAGGCACGAUCUUGAACUCCAGUAUCUGGGGGUGAAAUCUGCACAAGGAGCCAUCAGAAUAAACGUGAAAUCUGGAGCUUUGAGAGUGUGUGAGAGCCCUAGGGGAGGAUGUGAGAGUCUGAGAAAAGUAAGCUUGAGAUUGCCCCAUAGACGGAGGGACUGGGGAGAUGUGGGUUGAUGGUAGAGUGCUGGCCUUGAAUACACAGGACCUAGGCUUAAUCAACAGUGAAAACAAGACAAAAUUGAAAACUGGAAACUGAUGCUGCUCCAGUGGAUGAGUGACUAAAUGGAUGGGAAAACCCAGGAGCAUCCCGUGUAAAGCAAGAACACAGGUCAAGACUGAAUGCAGACUGUGCUUCAACACCGCAGUCCUGUAUACACCCUGACAUGUUUCUCACGCUGGAUUAUAGAAGCAUGGGUACUCUGGGGACAUUGUUCAUUAGUUUAACAUAGUAUAUUCUGCAUAUUAUAUGCCACAUGGCAGAUACUCAGUAACAUAGAGGAGCCACAGAGGGAACUUACCAGGUUGUGUAAAGUGCCUUUUGUAAUGAAUGUGUUCCGAACUGCACUUCAUUUCAAGCUUUGUGGCCAAUGAUGAAUAAAGGUGUAUGGAACUUGGGACCUUGGAAGUUCUGUAACCAAGAUAUGGAAGUAACAACAGCCAGCCAAGACAAAAAGAAUGUUCUUUUCUUUCCCCUUCCAAGUUCUUAGUGAAGGGCCGAGCCCAGCAUCCCAGCCUUGUGUGACUUGGUAAACACUGGGACCCUAACUUCACUUCAGUACCCUCCCUUCAGGAGCUCAAGGUGGCUUCUCCGUAGACAGAGGCUUCUAAGUAUCAAAGCUCCCCACUGCGCAAGCCCAACAUCAUGGGGAAGGGAGACACCUCGGAAACAGCAUCAGCCACCCCAGCCUAUCGCUCUGUCAUGGAGGAGUAUGGUUAUGAGGUGGGCAAGAUCAUUGGCCAUGGCUCCUAUGGAACUGUCUAUGAGGCAUACUACACAAAGCAGAAGGUCAUGGUGGCUGUCAAGAUCAUCUCGAAGAAGAAGGCCUCUGAAGACUAUCUCAACAAGUUCCUACCACGUGAGAUACAGGUAAUGAAAGUCCUACGGCACAAGUACCUCAUCAACUUCUAUCAGGCCAUUGAGACCACAUCCCGAGUAUACAUCAUUUUGGAGCUGGCUCAGGGCGGUGAUGUCCUCGAAUGGAUCCAACGAUAUGGGGCCUGUGCUGAGACCCUUGCUGGCAAGUGGUUCUCCCAGAUGGCUUUGGGCAUCGCCUACCUGCACAGCAAGGGCAUCGUGCACCGGUCCAUUUGUUCACCAUAUUGUAAUCAUCUGGUCAAGGACACUUGUAUCCACUGUGUGAGAGCACUUUAUACACAAUGGUGAACUAGUGGUCCUCAGGUACCAUCCUCUCUCCCUUUUGGGCUCUGCUCACAACUCCAUGGCUUUGCUUCCCAUAGACAUCUCACUCCCACUUGUCCUGUCCUCAUCUCUAGCCUCUGACCCCUUCUUUUCAGCUCCCGGUCUAAUACUAAGCCCUCUCCCCAGCCUGACCCCCAGCCUUUCUGCUGCUGGUAGGGAUUUAAAGUUGGAGAACCUGUUGCUGGACAAGCGGGAGAAUGUGAAGAUAUCGGACUU